AUGAUUGCUAUAUUCUUUAUACUGAUACCUAUAUCAAAGACUUAGAAAUGUUCAUGUAAUGAAAUCUAUUUUGAGGAUUUAUGUAGAGAAGCCAGAGGAUGUGCAUAUGAUGAUAGAACUGGAAUUUGUGAAGAAAUUUAAUGUAUUGAAAGACCAAUCGAUGAUUGCUUUUAUUUUGCAGGAACAAUCAGAUGUUAUUGGGAUUAAAAUGUGGGAUUUUGUAAGGAACUAGAAAGUUGUGAAGAGUUUUAAGAAUUAGCAGAAAAAGAUUCAUAUAAAGAAUAAUGUUUAGAAAUAAAUUGUUCUUGGGAUUAUUAAGAUUAAAUAUGUUUAUCAAAUUCUUAAUAAAAAUUGUGUUCAUAAUAUGAUUUUUAAUAUUGUUAAGGUGCUUAAUAAACAGUGAAUUUAAUAACUAGUAAAUGUAUAUUGAAUGGAGAAUUGGGUGAUACUUGUAUUGCAUUUCUCAAUUGUGAGGAUAUUACAUAUAAAGAAUCUUGUGACCUUGAUUUUUGCAAAUAUGAAGAUGGAUAAUGUAAAACUAAGGAAUGUAAUGAUUAUACAAUUACAACUUGUCCUAAUUAUAAUAGAAUAAGUGAUAAAUAAUGUUAUCCAACAAUUGAUUCUGGAUGUUAAGAAUUUAUAUGUGAAAAUUUUACUGAAAUAUCUGAGUGUUAAAAUCAUCCAAGAUGUUUUUGGAGUGAAGAUUUAAACUAAUGUUAUUAAUAAGUAUGUGAUAAAGCAACUUAUGCUACUUAAUGUUUAAGUUUUAGUUAUGUAGUUGAAAAUGCUGAAUGCAAAUGGGAAAACGAUAAUUGUUAUUCUUGUUAUUCAAUUAUCUUGUAUCAUUUGUUAUUCACUUAUUUAUCAUAUUGA